AUAGAACCGGACACAACAAGUCAAACCUCACUGUCCCACGCUUCUUGCUUUUCACCUCUCUCUCGAAGACCGCUCACCGUUGUCUUAAUCUCCACCUCUAAUCCUCUCACGCCGUAGACCCAAACCCUCCGCCAAUAGUUCAUAUCUCCGGCGACCCUCUCACUAAGAUGACCACCGGCGAACUUCUCAGCAUCGAUCCUCAAGAGCUUCAAUUUCCCUUUGACUUGAAAAAGCAGAUUUCAUGUUCUUUAAAUCUGUCCAACAAGACCAACAAUUAUGUGGCUUUUAAGGUCAAAACGACAAACCCAAGGAAAUACUGUGUAAAGCCUAACAAUGGAGUUGUUCUGCCUUGGUCUACAUGGAACGUUACAGUUAUGAUGCAGGCUCAAAAGGAAGCACCCCCUGAUAUGCAAUGCAAAGAUAAGUUUUUACUCGACCAGAUUUGAUUUUAAGUUUGGGUUUUUUGUUUUCUAACUGUUUGCUUUUCGGUCUAGUUUAAUAAAGAAUCCGGACAUCAUGUUGAGGAGUGUAAAUUGAGGGUUGCUUACGUAGCACCUCCUCGACCUCCUUCACCUGUUAAAGAAGGAUCCGAAGAAGGCUCUUCACCUCGGGCUUCCGUUUCAGACAAUGGUAGCUACAACAGUGCAGAUUUGGCAUCUAAAAGGGCUCUCAUUUCCAAGCUAAAUGAGGAGAAAAACGCCACCAUUCUGGAAAAUAACAAGCUCCAGCAAGAACUGGAACUCUUGGGACGCGAAGCGAAGAGAGAUUACAGUGGUAUGAAGUUUGUAUACGUAAUUCUUGUUGGUUUAGUCAGCAUCAUUUUGGGGUACCUCUUGAAACUAACAUGACCACGGCACCAAGGUACUACUACUACUACUAUUCUAUUCUUCGAUGCCGAUGCUCAUGCUCGAAAAAAAUGUAGAGAACUGGAGAAAGACAAAUACUUUGACUGAUGAAUUGUAGCUUUUGUUGAAUGUAUUUACUUACUAUGGAUGCUAGGAAAAAAAAAAAGCAUGUCCAAUGUGUGAUGGGUAAAGCAAGGGUUUUUUACCUAUAUAUUAUAAAAUAAAAUAAAAAUUACUAAAAUGGCAUGUUUAAAAAAUUAUGUACCAAAAUGGUACAUUCAAACAGCGGCACCACUCUAGAAUUUUGACAAAUUUGACUGAAAACAAAAUAAAAAAUAAAAAAAAAUUGGUGAAAGUAACUUAAUAGGUGGCACCUAAAGAAAAUACGGGUCAAAUACAACAAGUGGUGCUGCCUAUCAAUUUGGCUGGACAAAGUGGUGUAGCCCUGCCACUUUGGCACCACUAUUAAAAUAUUAUUAUUAUUAUUAUUUAACUGAAAUGUGUCAGAAUUUGUACCACCUUCCACCUCUUUGGAUGUAUCAUUUUGGUACAUAAUUUCACCUUCCACCUCUUUGGAUGUACUAUUUUGAUACAUAAUCUUUUUAACAUACUAUUUCAAUAUUUUUUUUAAUUUUAUAAUAUAUAGGUAAAAAACCCGUAAAGCAACUAUUCUUCAUUGUAUUGAUAGUUUGAUAGUUUUCCAGUGGGAAAUUACCGGAUUGCUUAA